AUGGAAAAAGAUCUACAAAAUAAAACAGUCGUUAUUACCGGCGGCGCAACAGGCAUCGGCUAUGCAAUUGCAGACAAGUUUUUGAAUAAAAGAGCCAAAGUGGUUAUUCUUCUUGAUAUUGAUGAAGAAAAAGGCGCUGAAGCAGUUAAAACACUAGUAACUAAAUAUGGUGAUAAUAAAGCAGUCUUCUAUAAAUGUGAUGUCACAAAGGAUUUAGAAGCUGUAUACGAAAAAUUAAUUAACAAUUUUAAGGUAAUCAAUGUUUUGGUAAAUAAUGCAGGAAUACUAAACGAUUUAACCGUGAAGAAAACAAUGGAAAUUAAUGUCGUCGCAUUAUUAGAGUGGUCUUUUAAGUUCUGGGAACAUAUGAGAACCGACAAAUCCGGGAAAGGUGGUACAAUAAUCAAUUUAUCAUCAAUUUAUGGAUUUAGAUUCGACCAAUAUUUGCCAGUGUAUCAAGCAUCAAAAUCAGCUGUGAUGGCUUUUACAAAAUCAUUAGGACAUCGUUAUAACUUUACUAGAUUUGGUGUUCGAGUGGUAGCUAUUUGCCCUGGUUUCACUAAAACAAGUAUCGUCAUUGAUAUGAAGACAUGGAUUCCUGAAGUACAGGAAGAGUUUUUAACGUUUACAAAACAGCAACUUUGGCAAGAGGCUGAGGCGGUUGGGGAAGCAGCGGUGAACGUAUUCGAAACUGCAGAAAGUGGCACGGCAUGGCUGAUAGAAGGAGCAAAACCUAUUUCUGAAGUGUUUUGA